AUGAGGACUCUUAAGCUUCAGCUCGACUACGUUGUGGCGAGAAACAUUCCUCAGUCAGAUGUCCGAAAAGCUAGAGCUGUUUGGGAGGUCGCGUUCGACUCUGACCACUGUCCAGUUUUUCUCAGCUUCAAGGUACGGUUCCACAAGAGAAACCGAGGAGUUCCUCUUCAACCGAAAAUCGACAUGGCAGGUUUAAAAGACGAAGAAUGCAGGACGAAAUUCCGCCAACGUGUAUCUAUUAAUGUUGGAUUACGACCAGGAAGAAGCUUAGCGAUGCGGAUUCCUUUACAAAGCAUCGAGGACGCUGCAAGAGAAACACUCCCGAUUCUAUCGCCGCGGAAGAAGUUUGCCUUUGCAUCUGCGGGAACGAAAUCCACGUACACUUCUGUAUUUGUCGCGCGCAGCGCUGGUGACUUCAACCAGGAAAAGCGUCUUAGAAGGAAGCUGCGUUGUCAACUGCAACAAGAUCGCGAUAACGAGUGGACGUCAAGAGCGAUGGAGUUUGAGAAGGCGUGGGACAACAGGAACCCACGGAAAGACUACGCUCUAUUAAAACAGUGUAGCGGCAGAAUGAAAAGAUGUUCUCUUGUCCUUAACACUGCCAAUGGAGUAGCUGUCGGUGAAGCAACCCUUCCAGUUUGGAGGGUACACUUCAAGACCUUGCUGAACCGGCUAGCACCGUCAGCUCCUGAACUCGAACACGUUCAUAGACCGACAUAUGCGGUUAACGAGGAGCCACCGACCGAGUCGGAGGUCCUGGUCUGUAUUCAGAAAAUAAAGAAUGGAAGAUCUGGUGGCGACGAUUGCAGAGACGUUGAAAUAUCUUCCUCCGUUUGGGAUUCGUGA